CGAUGAUGGCGAACCACCACCAGCUUGUGCUAGGCAUUCUUGUGGGGCUAGCGGCGGUGCUGGUUGCAUCUCAACAACAUCAGUCUCCAAUCAAGCUCAGUAGCAGCUCCACGUAUACGUACAACCAAGGUGGCUCCGUCCUCUCUUGGGUUCUAACAACUCCAACACCUCCCGCCACAUCCACUGCGACUCCCAGUACCCUUCGAACGACGUGGUCGGUGCCGCCAUUUCAAGUCGCUUUGCAUGACCACACCAUAACCUUGGACGCAGUGCAAUGUCACUUUCACCAUCCCAGCGAGCACUGGCUCAAUGGAAUGCAGUAUCCGUUCGAGUUGCACAUUGUGUUGGCCAGCUCAACCAAUCACUCUGACGUGAAAGGGGUCGUCGCCGUCAUCUUUGAUAUAAACCAAGAGGUGCCGCAUCCAUUCAUAGCUCAAUUGUGGCCAGAGCUACGUCGCGUGACCAAUCUCCACCCCGGGACAGUCAACAUAUCGAGCGUGGAUGUGACAUCGUUGCGUCUUGACGCGCACACGUCAUCGUAUUUUCGGUACCGAGGGUCGCUCACCACAGCCCCAUUCACGGAAGGCAUCGAGUGGAUCGUCCAGCAAAAUGUUCAUAGCAUAUCGGUGGACCAAUCCAAGCUGUACACCCAAGUGUUUCCACUGCCGAAUGCAUGACCGCCUCAACCUCGACACCAUCGAAC